AUGACAGGCACGUCGCAACAAGCGCCGACGCGACGCGGAGCGCUCAUCGUGGUGGAGGGACUCGACCGCGCCGGCAAAUCGAGCCAAUGCGAGAUGCUACAAAACUACCUCACGGAGCAGGGGCAAAAGGUGAAAUAUAUUCGAUUUCCAGACAGGACGACGCCCAUCGGCAAGCUCAUAGAUAGCUAUUUACGCGGCGCGGUCAAUCAGGAUGACCACUCCAUCCACCUCCUGUUCUCCGCAAAUCGCUGGGAAAUUGCCAAGAGCAUCGAAGAAGAUAUCAAUAGUGGCAUCACGGUGAUCGUGGACCGCUACUCAUACUCUGGUGCUGUGUAUUCGGCAGCCAAGGCCAACCCCACGCUCUCGCUCGAGUGGGCGUGGCAGCCCGAGCUCGGUCUGCCACGUCCAGAUAUUUGCCUGUUCCUCAGUAUUUCGGCCGAGGAAGCUGCGAAGCGCGGCGGUUAUGGUGCGGAGCGGUACGAGAAUGAGGCUAUGCAGACUCGCGUACGGGAGCUUUUCCGCACGCUAUUUGAGCGCCAGAAGGACGUGUGUAUUGUCAAUGCUGGCAAGUCACUGGUUGAGGUGUCCCGGGAUAUCCAAUCCGCUGUCUCAGAAUGCGUUGCGCGUCUGGACAUGAUUGGGCCCUUGAGGGCCUUGGGGCCGCUCACCAACUAG